AUGCUCUGUGCUCCUGAUGCCCUCCCCGCUCUCACUUCGAAUGGCACAGACCAGAGUGCGCACCUCCUCUCGCUCUCUCCUCAGACCAGAGUGCGCACCUCCUCUCGCUCUCCCCUCAGAUCAGAGUGCGCACCUCCUCUCGCUCUCUUCUCAGACCAGAGUGCGUCCCUCCUCUCGCUCUCCUCAGAUCAGAGUGCGCACCUCCUCUCGCUCCCCUCAGACCAGAGUGCGCCCCUCCUCUCGCUCCCCUCAGAUCAGAGUGCGCCCCUCCUCUCGCUCUCCUCAGACCAGAGUGCGCACCUCCUCUCGCUCUCCUCCUGGUCCCUGCGGACUCCGUGGGCAGUUCUUGGUCCUGGCUUUGGGACAACAGUGGCUGCACUCUCUCUCUCCUCCUCAGAGCAGAGCGGUACCUGCAGAGCAUCUCUCCUCCGCACAGACGCACUGCAGCAGGACACACGCACGGACUAA